AUGCAGGGCAAGUUCGAUGCAGCCAUUGCCCAGCGCAAGACGGUGCUGGCAGACAGCCCCGCGGGCGCGGCAGCGGUGGUGCAGGCAGCGCAGGCCGCGCAGGCCGCGGCCGCCGCCCCCGCGGCGGCGCCCCCGGCCCCCGCCCAGCCCUCGCUGCUGCCCCCCGCGGCGGCGGCCGUAGUGCAGCAUGAGCGGGCGGCCGCGGCGGCCGUCGCGCCCAUGGUUACCACAGCAGUGGCGCAGAUGCCGUCUGGGCGUGGGGAUGCGGCAGUGGAGGAGGCCGCCACAAGGCAGGCGCAGACGCUGCACUGCAUGUAG